CAUGACAUUCUGUCUACGAAUCUCAACUCUAACUCGCCGCCUGGUAUAUGUCUUAGAAUCUUAACUCAAAGAAGCUUAGCUAGUAGGGGUGCUAUGGCUUUCCCUAGCAUACAAGCUGCUCAAUGGUUUCUUUGAUUUCUCUUCUUGUUCUAAAGGAUGUAGUUUGCUUGCUUCUGGCAAAUCCGUUUGAAGACAUGACAUUGUCUGUCAUAUAUAGAAUCUAAACUCAGACAAGCCAUGUAGUAAGUACUUACCAAUGGCAUCCACCAGCGUUCAAACUGUCCCCCCACCGGUAUAUGACGUUUUCCUCAAUUUUAGAGGAGAAGACACCCGUUAUAAGUUUACCGACCAUCUAUAUCGUGCUUUGGUUGAUAGAAAGAUUAUCACCUUCAGGGAUGAUAAAGAACUUGAGAUGGGAAAGCCCAUUUCGCUGGAACUCUUGGAAGCAAUCGAGAAAUCGAGGAUUGCGGUCAUCAUUUUCUCAGAAAAUUAUGCAUCUUCCACAUGGUGCUUGGAAGAACUUGCAAAGAUUGUUGAAUGCAGAGAUAGAGGGAUAUUGACAGUGUUGCCUAUUUUCUAUCAUGUGGAACCUACUGAUGUGAGACGUCAGACGAACACUUUUGAAGGGGCCUUUACUGAACAUGAAAAGUGUUUCAAGGAGAACCCAGAGAAGGUGCAGAAGUGGAGAGCUGCUUUAACAAGCGUGGCCAAUCUCACUGGAAAGCCUUUAAAGGAUGGGAUGCAUGAGGCAAACUUUAUCCAAAGCUUUGUUGAAUGGCUAAAUUUGAUAUUGAAAGAGAAAUGUUCAAAUGAUAUUGAAGAUGAUCUUGUUGGAAUAAGCUCUAAAGAUGAUCUUGUUGGAAUAAGAUCUCGUGUUGAGAAAGUGAUUUUAGAUUUAGAUCUGGAGUCAACUGAUGUUCGCUUUAUUGGAAUAUGCGAGAGGAGUGGUAUGGGCAAGACAACUCUUGCACGAGCUGUUUUUGAUAAGAUUCAUAACCAAUUUGAAGCUUGCAGUUUUCUCGAAAAUGUUAGAGAGGAAUCUAAAGCACAUGGUUUAAAGACUUUACAAGAACGACUCCUUUGUGAUAUGGGAAAAGGGGGAUUAAGGGUAAAGGAUGAGCAUAAGGGAAUGCAAGUUAUCAGCGAAAUACUGCAUAACAAAAAGGCUCUUAUUGUUGUUGAUGAUGUGAGCGAAAGAAGUCAAUUAGAAAAAUUAGUGGGGAAGCAUGAUUUGUUUGGCCAAGGAAGUAGAAUCAUUGUAACUACCGAAGACAAAGACUUGUUGGCAAGUUAUGAAAUUAAAAUUGUAUAUAAGGCUAGAGGACUAAAUGAAGUUGAAGCUCUACGACUUUUUAGUCUGAAUGCCUUCCACAAAUCUCAUUGUGAGAAUGAUUUCCUGGAUAAUUGCAACAAUUUUGUCGAGUAUGCUCAGGGAAUUCCUUUGGUUCUUAAAGUUUUGGGUUCCUAUUUGUGUACUAGAACAAAAAAUGAAUGGAAAAGUGCUCAGAAUCAGCUAAGAGCAAUACCCCAUGAAAAAACUACUAAGAAACUUAGAAUUGCUUUUGAUGGAUUGGGGGCAGAGGAGAAAAAACUAUUCUUAGAUAUUGCAUGUUUCUUCAAAGGGGAGGAGAAGAAUCGCGUUGCUGAUAUACUAGAAACAGUUUACUUCCUGGACAUUCAUCUAAAAAAUCUCAUUGACAAAUCUCUAAUUACUCUUGUAAGGGGGGAAAAAUUGUGGAUGCAUAAUUUAUUACAACAAAUGGGUUGGGAAAUUGUUAGUGAGGAAUUAGAAGAAGCUAGAGAACGUUGUAGGUUGUGGUGUUGUGAUAAUGUCCUCGAUGUGGUAAAGAACAAUACUAUAAGUGGAUUAUUAUUUAGACAUAAAUUUAGAGAAGGAACAAAACAUAUAGAAGGCAUGUUAUUAAGAUUGCCUCCAGAUGAAGAAGUAGAAUUGAAUGCUGAAUCAUUCUCAAAGAUGAAUAAACUAAGAUUGCUCAAAAUUUGUAAGGUGCGCCUUUCUUGCCUCAGUUAUCUUUCUAAUGAGUUAUGUUUGUUGGAAUGGCAUGAUUAUCCUUUGGAAUCAUUGCCAAAUAGUUUUCAGCCUGUCGAACUUGUUGAGCUCAUUAUGCCUCGCAGUUGUCUUCAGCAACUUCCAAGUGAAUUUAGUGAGUUGGGAAAGCUAAAGCUCAUUGACUUGAGUGACUCCCAAAACUUAACCCGAACUCCUGACUUCACUGGAUUCUCAAAUAUUGAGAGGCUGAAUUUCCAAGGUUGUACAAGAUUGCGUGUGUUGCACCCUUCUGUUGGAGGUCUUAAAAGACUUAUUCUAUUAAAUCUAAAAGAUUGUAAAUGUCUUGAGAACCUUCCUGAUAAGCUCAAUUUGGAAUCUCUUAAAACUUUAAUUCUAUCUGGCUGUUCAAGAUUUAAGAAAUUUCCCUGUAUUGGGAGAAACAUGAGAAGCUUGUUGAAGCUUUAUUUGGAUGGGACUGCCAUUGAAGAACUACCACCAACAAUCGGGCAUCUAACUGGCCUGACCUUAUUGAAUCUUCAAGACUGCAAAAACCUUAAGAGUUUUCCGAGUGACAUUCAUAGUUUGACAUCUCUUGAAAUUCUCACUCUAUCUGGAUGUAAGUGUCAACCACCAAUCAGUGCCACCCUCACUUUUCUGCGACUAAUUUCAUUUCUUUUUCUAUCCUUCCUAGCAUGGGGAUACACCUAUCUCAGAAUUCCUAUAUGUGCUACAAUUGCUUUGUCAACAUAUUGUUUCCACAAUGCCCGGCAUUCUGAACCAGAGCCCAUCAACUUGUUGUUGUCUAAUUCGUUCUCAAAAUUCAACACUUUGGUAACUCUAAGUCUAAGUGACUGCAAUCUGUUGGCACUCCCUGAUGACCCUAGCUGCUUGUCAUCAGUAGAGUAUUUGAAUUUGAGCAAAAAUAAUUUUAUAUGCUUGCCCGAUUACAUUUCUCAACUUUCAAAGCUCAAAAUUCUUUUCUUGGAUCAUUGUAGCAAGCUUAAAUCAUUGCCAUAUGUUCCAUUAAGUACAAGGUUAGUUUCAGUACAAGGAUGUACUGCGCUUGAAAAUUAUUCAAAUCAAGUUGUUGUAUGGACUUUGGGUGUAGCAGGAUUCACUAUUAUUACUUGCCUUGGCUUGGCUGAGGAUGAAGAUGGCACAAUUGCUGAGGUUUCUUUGCUAGACACACACCUAUUAUGGCAAAGAUACGUGAAGGAUCAAAUUCAUCAAAUGGAAGGCUUUUGCCAUGUUUUACCUCAAAUUGAAAUUCCAGAGUGGUUCAAGCAUCAGAGGUUUGGGUCAUUUCGACCAAUCCCACUACCUCCAAAUCUGUUCAGUAAUAAAAAUUGGAAAGGAAUUGCUCUAUGUGUCAUUUUUGUAGUCCCAGCACAUUCGAACGACGUUUCUCCUGGGGAGGAUACAAAAUACUUUCAUGAGUUUUAUUGUCGUUUGGACAUAAAUGGAGAUCUUAUAGCUUUCAAGGUUCCUAAGGAAACAGAUGUUGGUUCAUUUGGACUUUGGCUAUAUAUAUCGCAUGCGAGGUUUAGAAAACAUUUAGACGAACGGAGUUGCAUUACCCCUUUGAUUGGAACCAACAGCCCGGAUAUUGAGAUUAAAAUGUGUGGUGCACGUAUUCUAUGCAAGCAAGAUAUGGGAGAAUUUCUACAAAACCUAGGGCAAAAAAUUGUUGGGAGCCCUAAUGACCUCCGUGGAGAGCUCAAGUCACAGCUUUCAAGAUUUAAUCAGGGAGAUUGGACACGAAACCAUAUCUUUCCUCAGAUUGCAUCUCCACCACGCUGGAGGCCAAUCCCUGUGACAAAGCUUCUACCAAGUAAUGAAACUAUACAAGGGGAGUGUACUUUACAAGAAACAAUAUUUUCAAAUCAAGUAAUAGCUGCAGGCACUUCAAAAAGAUCAAGACAAGGGUCUGUUUAUUUAGGCAAGAUAUCAAGCAGCCUUAAAUGUUGGAAUAACCAUGAACCAGAUUUGCAGGACCACUACCCUGGUACUCUCAAUCAAUGUUUGCCUCAAAGUGAAAUCCCAGGGUGGUUCAAAUCUGAAAAUAUUGCUAGAUCCUCAUCAGUAACAAUCCAGCUUCCUCUAAAUUUGUAUGACAAUCCUGAGUGGAUUGGAUUUGCAUUUUGUGCUGUUUUCUCAUUUCAAAAGCAUCCUACUUCCGUUCCUAUGAAAGGUUCAAAAUUUUCUUUUAUCAUCGUUUGUCAUUUGAGGACCGACUUGGGUUGUAUGAAUCCAUUAUAUAGCAUCAGUGAAGAGGACGUAAUACUAUCAUUACAUCAACGUGGAUUCCUUUGGUUAUCAUUCAUUCCAUGGUGGCUUCUUUCACCUGAAUGGAGUCGAUGCACUACGGUUGAAUUCUCAUUUAUGAGCGAUAAUUCGGCUGUAUCGGCGCUAAAGUGUGGGGUCGAUCUUGUAUACCGGCAAAAAUUGGAAUUUACACGUAGAAUGGUACAAUGCAUAACCUCAUACGGUGGUCCUUUCACAUCUUAUGAAAGAUUUCCCUUUUAUCAUCCUGAUCAAUUCAGUGGCAGUGAUGGCUCUAGUGGAACUUCUGGUCACUAUUCUUUUGAUCAAUUCUACAAAACUGCCGCCUUGGACCGCUAUAACAACCGUAGUAUUUUCAAUCAAUGUAUUCUUCAAAGUGAAAUCUCAGAGUGGUUCAGCCAUGACUCGCUACCGUCAGAUUUGUCACCUAAAUUUGACUUUCAUCCAUCCACUUCGUAUAAUUUUUGUUUCCCUCCAAGUAAAAUUCAAGACUGGUUUAGUCAUCCGAAUCAUGGACACUCAGUGACAAUUGACCUACCCUCAAAUUUGUACCACGAUAGUAAUUGGAUGGGACUUGUUCUGUAUGCUUCUUUCUCCAUCCAUGGGGAUCCAAACAUCAUCUUUAGCAAUCUAGCAUCAGGAAAAUCUCACUUCCUAUAUUGUCAAUGCCAAACGGGUAUGGCUAAUGUCGAUAAUCAGAAAAUUGCUUUCUCCACCAAUAAAGAAGAAAUCACGUGGUUACUUAAUCUAGGUGAAUUCAUUUGGAUAUGCUACGUACCAGGAGAGCCAUUUAAGAAUAUGUUGCCACACUGCAGCCACAUUGAGGCCUCCUUUGUGAGUGAUUGGUCAGGCGUGAUAGUGCAGAAAUGUGCGUUACAACUUUUGUAUCAGCACGAUCAAGUGCAGUUUGAGCAAGAGCUAAAACAUUGCAACAACUUGAUUUCAGAGAAUCGAAAGCUUGUUUGUAAACAACAAGAGGAUAAAAAAAAAAAAAAUGAACAAUACCAUGUUGAUGAAGGAUUUCAAAGAAAAAUCUUUUCUAAUAUUGACUUUGAAGGUAAAAUAUUUCCAAGGCUAAUUGAACACGCGGAGACUGAUGAAACUGAAAUUCAACUUGGCCAAAGUGACCUGCUAGAGAACCAAGAGAAGGUGGACAAGUGGAGAGUUGCUUCAAAAGAACUGACCAAAAUCUCUGGAGAGCAUUUAGAGAAAGGGAGUUGGUACAUCAACUUGUACAACUACUUGUUCCCAGACUCCAACUUUUCACAGUCCCAGACCACCACUUUGCACAAAACCCAAGAUUCAGACACCCAUUACACUUUCCAACAACAUCAGCAACAAGAAGAAGAAUUAGAAGAAUCGGAUGAGCUAUCCCAAGAUGAAGAAGAAGAAGAAGAAGAAGAGGAACGGAGCCUGGAUGGGAUAUACAUGCGGCUAAAGGGGGUUAAUGUUUACCCGAGCAAGUCUGAUGCAACGCCAACCUCUGGGGAGGUACCAACAAAGCUGACGAGGAAGAUAAAGAAGUCUAUGAGUGUAAAGUUAGAGUCUUUUCACCAUGAAGAGGAGGAAGAUAUUAAAAAUAUUGAGAGUCGCAGGCCUGCCACAGUGAGAGAAGGGAAAGUUAGUGUAACUGAGGAUGAAGAAGUGGAUGCCAAGGCUGAUGAAUUCAUCAACAAGUUUAAGCAGCAGAUGAAGUUGCAGAGGCUGGAUUCGUUAAUUAAAUGGAGUGGGAAGUAAAGUAAAAAAGUAAAGGUAAAUUUGGUUACUUUCUGGGGGUUUGUUUCUGUAUUCUUGACUAAAGACUUAAGGGUAUGUUUUUGUUUAGUCAAGAAAGGAAAAAAAAAAAGGGAUUGGUUAAAGACUACCGAUCACACAUACAGCAG